GCCCGUGGCUUAUUUAAUAGCAUUAGCUGAACUGUAAACAUGGAGGUGACUUUAUCCAUGGAUCCUCUUUUUCUCGCAUGGAGUUAUUUCAGGAGAAGAAAGUUCCAGAAAUGUUCAGAUCUGUGUACAAAGAUUUUGGAGGAUAAUCCGUACGACCAGGCAGCAUGGAGUCUGAAGACAAGGGCGCUGACUGAGAUGGUGUACAUCGAUGAGGUUGAAGUUGAUCAGGAGGGCAUUGCAGAAAUAAUGUUGGAUGAAAGUUCCAUUGCACAAGUUGCACGUCCUGGAACAUCACUGAGACUCCCUGGAACAAGUCAGGGUGGAGGACCUACUCCAGCUGUCAGACCCAUGACCCAAUCAGGACGCCCCAUUACAGGAUUUGUAAGGCCCAGCACUCAGUCUGGUAGACCAGGAACCAUGGAGCAAGCCAUUAAGACUCCUCGAACUGCAAACACUGCCCGGCCAGUCACCAGUUCUUCUGGGAGAUUUGUUCGUUUGGGCACGGCUUCUAUGCUAACACAUCCAGAUGGACCAUUUAUAAACCUAUCCAGGCUAAACCUGACAAAAUAUGCCCAAAAACCAAAUUUAUCCAAGACAUUAUUUGAAUACAUAUUUCACCAUGAAAAUGAUGUAAAAACUGCUUUGGACCUUGCUGCACUCGCCACUGAGCAUGCACAAUUCAAGGACUGGUGGUGGAAAGUCCAACUUGGCAAAUGUUAUUACAGGCUUGGUUUGUAUCGUGAAGCUGAGAAACAAUUCCGAUCAGCCCUCAAUCAUCAGGAGUUUGUAGAUACUUAUCUCUUCCUUGCAAAGGUAUACAAGCGACUGGAUCAGCCCAUAACUGCCCUGAACCUCUUUAAACAAGGGCUGGACCAUUUCUCAGGAGAAGUCACUUUACUGACUGGAAUUGCUCGCAUUCAUGAGGAGAUGAAUAACAUCACUUCAGCCACAGAGUACUACAAAGAUGUUUUAAAGCAGGACAAUACACAUGUGGAGGCCAUUGCCUGUAUAGGAAGUAAUCAUUUCUACACAGACCAGCCCGAGAUUGCCUUACGCUUCUACAGGCGGUUGCUGCAGAUGGGUGUGUAUAACUGCCAGCUGUACAAUAAUCUUGGCCUUUGCUGUUUUUAUGCUCAACAGUAUGAUAUGACUCUGUCCUCCUUUGAAAGAGCAUUAGCCCUAGUUUCCAGUGACGAGGAACAGGCCGAUGUCUGGUAUAACAUCGGACAUGUUGCAGUGGGUAUCGGUGACCUGACUCUAGCAUAUCAGUGCUUUAAAUUAGCUUUGGCUUUUAAUAACGAUAAUGCUGAGGCAUACAACAACUUAGCUGUGCUGGAGCUACGGAAAGGCCGCAUUGAACAGGCAAAAGCUUUUCUGCAGACAGCUGCUUCUCUGGCUCCUCACAUGUAUGAACCACAUUUCAACUUCGCCGUACUAUCAGAUAAGAUGGGUGAUCUUCAGAGUAGCUACAUGGCUGCCCAGAAGUCUGAGGAUGCGUUUCCUGAGCAUGUGGACACUCAGCAGAUCCUGAAGAACCUCAGACAACACUUUUCUGUGCUCUGAGUUUUCUGUACCAGCAUUUUAUAUGUUUAUAGCUUUUGAAAGUUCUCAUCAUUGUUGUUUUUCUAGAAAAAAAUCUAAGCUAUUAUUUAUUUUAAGAUUUAUUUGGAACAAAAACUUUUCCUCAUAAUUAUAUACAGUAUAUCUACAUUUAUUGGUGAAAAGUAUUUAGGGAUUUUUUCAUUAUGUACAAAGAGAUACAAUUAUGUACAUAUCAGAUUAAUAAAAAAAAUCAUAUCAAAAAAAUUAUUUGAAGCACCAGAGUAAGGUUACUGUAUGACAGACUAUAACACUGGUAAUAGUAGUGAUUGUGGCAUCUUCCCUUCAUGAUGCUAUAGCAACUCCAUAAUGUGGAACUGUGUAAAGCAGCUCUGUAAAACAUGUUUAGUAUUACAAAUGCUAAAUAAAUGUAUUAGAGUAAUAGUAAAUGUACUUUUUUAAAGACAAUGAUUAAAGGCAAUCUGGUGGUGCAUCUGUAAGUUACUAUAGCCCACUACUGCUUGGAUCCAGGGUUGGAAUUCCUGAAUUUUUUGUAUCUAGGUCAUUGUUUUAUAAUUGUUAUGAUAAUUUUGCUCUCUGCAGAUAAACUUUGAGCCUCACUCAGUCUAACAUUUGGUGCAUCUAAUGAUUGUCUGGUUAAGGUUUCGAACUCCAGUAAUGUGAAGAUAAUGAUGUACUGUUUUGUGGCUCUACUUUUGGGAUUUGGUUAAUAUAUGCUGCCACAACUUUUGAGACUUUUCCUCUUAAAACAAUAUUUGUUUUUC